GAGGGAGAAUGUCAUGAAUGUCUGGCAGUAGGACAAAGAGGAGGAGAAACUCUUAACUUCAAUAGAGAUUUGUUCCCUCGACCGCUUCAAACUAGAAGAGAAUAAAAGAAACAGCAUAACGGAAACAGUUAGUCAGUCUGUUAGUCUAGAUCUGGUGUGUCCAUGUCUAGUCUAACAGUAUCAACGUCAUGCAGAGACCUGGACACAAAGGCUGACGAAGCAGCAAAAUGUUGAGGCUGAUAAAGAAGAAAACUGACAGAUGAAGAUGAUGUCCAGCAUCCUGCUGCUCCUCAUCCUCAGCUCAUGUCUCUGUGCAGCAACAUUUGUAGUGAAUGUGACACAGAGCAGCUAUCAGGCAGAGGAGAAGCAGAGCAUCACUCUGGAGUGGACCUUCACCACCAAGACUCAGGGAACAUGGAGGAAUCUGUUCAUCUACUGUGAAGUGAACACGGAUCAUGGAGUCUUAGUUCUCUAUCAUAUUCAUGAAGGAGUUGAGAUUCCAGAGUCUCAGGAUGAUCAGUUUUCAGGACGAGUCCAGAGCGACAAAGACGUCCUCAGAGAAGGACGAAUCAGACUCCAUGUGUCCAGACUGAGGACUGAAGACUCUGGUCUGUAUCUGUGUGACGUGAAAACUGAAGAUGGAUUCAACUAUGGAAGAUGUCGACUCAGCGUUACUGAUGAGAAGAAAUCAUUAAUAUCUGCUGAUCAGAUCCAAACUCAGAGACCAACUUGGACUCCAGAACCAGAGAGACAAGAAUGGAUGAACAUCAUCAUCAUCAUCAUCAACAGUGUGGGACUGACAGAAAACCACGUGACCGGUACAGUUCCUGUGUCGUUUGGCUGUGAACGCGCCAAAUUGUAUUUAUGA